AUGACCUACCAAGCCUACCCUCCCCCUACUGACUUCUCUGAUUUAGCACAGGUAUCCCCUGUGUGUAACGAUGUGGAUAUGGACGAACUCGAGGUCGAAGCCCUCCUGGACGCCUUCGUGGACGAACACCUCUCAGCCGCCCAGCAGCUCAUCCUAGCCGACACCGAAUCCGAGUCCGAGGAAUCUCCCUACGCGGCCUGCGAGGUGUCCGACGUGCACCCUUCUCUGCCGUCGGUCUUCCAGGCCCGCUUCGGGGCCGGGUCCACGAGCUUCGUGUCCAGCGGCGCGGUCUCCGCGCGCUCCCGCAAGGCGCACGCGUCCGAUCCCGAGGGACGGCGCUGCGUCUCAAAGGAGUGCAAGGGGACGGACAAAGACGACGGGUCCGCAACGGUGGUCCCUGUGCGCCGUCGCAAGGCGGCGCGGCAGAUCCCGGCGCGGUGGCGGAAUGCGAUCUUGUUGCCCCAGACGAGCUCGCGGCCCGCCAAGGUUCGUCGGCUGGUGACGGCCCCCCCGUACCCGCCGCCUUCCUACCCGUUGCCGCCGCUGCCUGUUGCUCCCCCGCCCGAGGCCGCACCAUCUUCGAUCCCGCCCCCCAAGCGUGACUCGUCGGUGGUGUUCCUCAGCCCCAUGAAGCCUGUCUCGGUGGCGAGGAAGAACCGCGUCAUCCCGCGUCCCAUCCGGGCGUUCCUCGCCAUUGACCCAUCGAAAACCGUCCGCAAGCUUGCAAUGAGGGCCAUACCCUCGCGGCGGGAAGCGACAGCGCUGUACAGGAAGAAACCCCGACCGGACUCGAUCCUCAUCUACCGCUCCAACCUCGGCCAGAAAAAGCUGUAA